AAUAAUACAUCCAUAAACAUGAAUGGCAUGCGACGAGGGAAACGAAGAGGAGAGGCGAACAGGAGGAUACAUACAACCCCCACGAAACGAAAGAAGGCGAUCUCGGGUAGCGGUGACGGCGGUGUCGUGCCGCUGAUCGCUGCUAAAGUCUUUCAGUUUCUUUUGGACCGCCGCGAGCGCGGGCAGCGGAUGCGAUCGACGUGAUGCGCGUGUGAAAGUUCGCCGUGUGCACCUAUCCUCUACAGCGCGGAUACGGAGAUGAGAAGCAGAAGGAUGUGAGAGAGAGAGAGAGAGAGAGAGAGAAAGCCAAAAGAACGAACGGAAAGGUAUACGUAUAAUUAGGCGAUACGCGGCAAAACACGUAAAAACCGAUGAACGAGAUCAUUCACCGGGUACGGAGUCUCCCCUUCCACCUCGCAUUUAGAAUGAUUAUCGUGUACGCGCGCUCUUCUCGCGAGCUGCGAGCAGAGAGAGAGAGAGGGAGAGAGAGAGAGAAACACUCCAGAGAGAAGCAAAAGGGAAAACGCAACUUCCGUUCCCGAUGAUUAUAUUACUUUGUUAUUAGCGGCGCUACUGCGAGAAAUCUCUCUUUCUCUCUGCGUGGCACUAUUGUUAUUCCGUAAGCGUUACUCAAUCAACGAUAGCAUGUCAUCGCCACUUUCUUUCCUUAUGCUCCGAGUGUACUUCUGAUCCUGUGGUAUACACGUCGGUGUGUCGCAAUCGGCAUGUCGCUCCGAGUAACAGUUCUGAUCUGUCGCGCUUAAAUGCCGCUCGAAAACGAAAGUUAUACCGGCUCCAGUUGUUCACGCGCGGUUUCACGGCAGUUCCGCGCGGAACGCGAAUUUAUAUGUUCGAAUCGACGCGGGAGAACGCAAGGGGAUGAAACCGAAAUGAAAUCGCUCGGACGAGACGCUUCUUCUUCUUCUUUUUUUUUAAUCGUUCGGUCGUCACGGUCGCACAAAACUUUGACUGUUGUUCUCUAAAUUGGAAUCAAUGAAAUUUCACUGAUUUCGGUGCUACACACUUAUAGCUGUAUUAAUUAGCGAUGGUAGGGGACUAAGUUGGGGCGCGCGUGAAAGUGCGAGAGUGUGUGAAAGAGCGGGAUAUUUUAGAGUACGAAUUUAGAGAAAUAAACUGAAAGAGAAAUGUAAACGAAUAAAGAAUAAGUAGGAGAGCGUACGGAAGACAGGGAAGCGAAGGCAAAGAUAAUGCGAAUAACGAUCGGAGAUGUCGUUUGGGCGAAACUUUCGACAAUCGCGAAAGCGGUCAUAAGGAUCUUUCGGGGUUCCCGGUCGAGAGCCACGAGACCGAGGCGGCAACGGAACGGACGGCGUGGUCGGCGACGAUCUUUUUUUCCGUCGACGGCCCUGAAUGAGUGCGAGUGAAAGUCCGUGAGUCAAAUAUUUUUCGCGGUUUCAUACAUUGCGCGCUCCGGCCACGUUGUGCGUGUCUGCCCGCGUGCCUUUUGCUUCUGCGGCAUAAUAUCUUCCCUCGCAUGCAUAUAUGUAACAGCCGCCGUAGAAAGGCCGUGGAACUCUCCGUUGGAGAAAAUAUGCUAAGAUCUCGGCGCGCUAUUUCUCUCGCGUGAUGCUCGUCAGCGGUCGACGCGUGAGAGAUCAAUCGCGUUCGUUAUAACGUAGCUGCGAGCGGUGACUCGUGACUCGAGUUUAGAAAAGGGUGCACGGCGUUAACGCGUAAACAUUGGCGGACGAGCCGCGCUGAUGUGAAAGUGGCUGCUGACCGUUUGGUUGCUGAUGAUGAUGGAAUGCACGACGACCAAGCGUUGCAGCGUUGACCCACGUACCCUAGGAAGCCACGAGGUCCGUCGACGCCGAGAGAGCAGCUGAUCGAGCAUGCAGCGAUGGUUGCUGGCCCUGGACGAGCCUGCGUCCGAUCCGUGCGGUAGCGUCCGAAUGCCAUCGCCGAGUGCCGCCGUCGGGGGAUGCGUCCGUGUGCUGGCAUAGCGAGGCGAGCGACGGCGAUCCCGCGCGAUCCCGGAACCAGGAGUCGGAUCGAUCCCGAGGGCGCGGAGGCCGACAGACGCGUCUACGCAGCGUCAUCCACGAUCGAGCCCACGUACGAGAUCGAAUGGAUAAGAUCGGACUUGGCAGACGUCGAGAUCUCCAAGUUCGUGAGCGGCAUCGUAGGUGGCAAGUCGACAGCGUCGCGCAACAACCCACGAAGAUGUUACAGAACGUCGACCAGCUCCGGUUACUCGAGUCACUCGCCGCCGUUGUCAGCCGGUUCGUACUCCUAUUACGCAUCAGCGUCGACGAGGGAUCCGUCGUACGGUGGCCUAGCAGUGAUUCACGAGAGCGAGGCGAUACCGCGACCUAUUUGGCCUUCCGUCAUCUAUCAUUCCGCUGAAGAUCACAGUGGCGAUUACGAAGGUAUUUAUACGUGUUGCGUAUGCGGUUGCACGUAUAAUUAUUCAUCACUACCGCCACCGCCGACAACGACAUCGUCACCGUCAAAUGCGCGCGAGGUGCUGCUCAAGUUAUCCCGAACUCUCAAUUCUGUGAUAGACGGCGACGUCACGGCGGCACCGGAAGACGUUCUGCGCGAUAUCUCGCGCAUUGUUUCUCUGGAGAUCGGCGCAAGGAACGACAACGUCUACGAGUACGUUUGCCCCUCUUGGAUUUUCAACGAUAAGAAUCCAUCGGUAUGGCCGAGCUGCGUGAAAAACGUGCCAUCGAGAGUGAAUCCAAUCAAUUCGAAACUCUACGUCAGCCCCCGCUGUCUUUACGGGUACAAUCCGGCGCAAUCCGCGCCGUCGCUCAAGAACGACAGGACGACAAGACGCGAAGGCGACAGCGAAGAAAGAAGGAAGAACUCCAAUCUCAUAAGGAAGAAACCUCGCGAAACCGAGUCGAAGUACUCGACGCUGGAGUGCAGCGACGUCGGGUCGUCCACCGAAGACACGAUCGCUCCGUUGAACGCGAACGACUGGAACGGUCGCCUGGCUAUCCGAGGUUUGGGCGAGGAUUUUGAUUUCACGCUCGACGUGACGCAGGCCGAGCGUUUAGGCCGGACAAUCGCGAGAGCGAAACGGAAGCGGCAGUGGUGCAGAGCCCUGACCACUCUCUUCGGUCUAGUUUUCUUCGUGUUGAGCGUCGUCGUCGUCUCGUUAUCUGUAACGAGAGGUCGCAAGGUGUUUGGAAGCAUGUAAGAGUCAGAUGGCGAGAACUUAUCGCGAUAUACCACAUACCUAACGUCCGAGAGUACCUCCUCGUAAAACUGAAGGAACGCUCUUCUAAACGCUUCGGCAGCUCUUACCGCAAACAUUUUGCGAUACAGAUACUCUCGUUUCGUAAUAUAUCACUUUCAGUACCUUUUGCAACAUAUCGUGUAUACAUAUAUCUGUGUGUGUGCAUUUAAGUGUGGAAUUCGAGGAAGAUCCUGCAAUCACAAUAUAUGGCUGUGACCAUGUUGUUUGCAUGCGUGUUAUUAAAAUGCGUACGGCGCAUCACGAUCGUGUUAAAUACGAAUAAAUUAGACUUCUCGCAAAGGCAGGCGCGAAUAAUGUUACCAGUCGAUUGAUGUCGCGCGGCAAAAAAAAAAAACGGGUAUCUA